AUCAGUAAGGUCUACUGAUGAACAAGCGUAUCUACCGCUAGCGCCCUGAUUUGUAUUACGCAUGCGCAACAUUUUCCCCAAACCAAGAUGGCGGUUCAAGAAACAGCUGCUCAACUCUCUAUGGCUCUUAAGGUUCAAGAAUAUCCAACUUUGAAGGUUCCUUAUGAGACCUUAAACAAGCGAUUCCGUGCAGCGCAGAAAAACAUAGACCGUGAGACGAGUCACGUGACCAUGGUGGUGGCCGAGCUGGAGAAGACCCUGAGCAGCUCCUUCCCUGUAGUGGACUCGGUGGUCUCCUUGCUGGAUGGUGUGGUGGAGAAGUUAAGCGCACUCAAACGGAAGGCAGCAGAAUCAAUCCAGGCCGAGGAUGAGAGUGCUAAACUCUGCAAGCGGCGUAUCGAACACCUGAAGGAGCACAGCAGCGACCAACCGGCUAACGUGAGCGUGUGGAAGAGGAAGCGCAUGGACCGCAUGAUGGUGGAGCACCUGCUACGCUGUGGCUACUACAACACCGCUGUCAAGCUCGCCAAACAAAGUGGCAUUGAGGAUUUGGUCAACAUUGAGAUGUUCCUCACUGCAAAAGAAGUGGAGGAAUCACUUGAAAGGCAGGAAACCGCCACUUGCUUGGCCUGGUGCCACGACAACAAGUCUCGUCUGAGGAAAAUGAAGAGCUGUCUGGAGUUCAGUUUAAGGAUCCAGGAAUUUAUUGAGCUCAUUCGACAGAACAAACGCAUGGACGCAGUACGACAUGCACGGAAACAUUUCAGCCAAGCAGAAGGCGGGCAGCUGGAUGAGGUUCGGCAGGUGAUGGGCAUGUUGGCGUUUCCUUCUGACACUCACAUUUCACCUUACAAAGACCUUCUGGAUCCAGGACGCUGGAAAAUGCUAAUCCAGCAAUUCAGAUACGACAAUUACCGAUUACACCAGCUGGGGAACAACUCUGUGUUCACCAUCACUCUGCAGGCAGGGCUGUCUGCCAUCAAAACCCCACAGUGUUAUAAAGAGGAUGGUUCCUCUAAAAACCCUGACUGUCCCGUAUGCAGCAAGUCCCUGAACAAACUGGCUCAGCCUCUUCCCAUGGCCCACUGCGCAAACUCUCGUCUGGUGUGUAAAAUCUCCGGGGAGGUCAUGAACGAGAACAACCCACCCAUGAUGCUGCCUAAUGGCUAUGUUUAUGGCUAUAAUUCUCUCCUGUCUAUUCGCCAAGACGACAAGGUGGUGUGCCCCAGAACCAAAGAAGUCUUCAGCUUCUCCCAGGCUGAGAAGGUUUACAUCAUGUGAUGUGGUCUUCAGAGCAUAGUUCCAAGUUUUGUUUUGGUUUUUUUUUUCCCCUUCCUGAAAUGACACCACCCUGGGCUCGCUGAAUUCCUAAACGAUGAAACCUGUAGUCUGAAGGCCUCCGUUUCUCAGCCAGUGUUCCAUGAGACUAAGUUCAGUUGCCCUCUGCCAAACCUUUUCGGAGAAAAAAGGUUUCUGAUCCAUUGGAGGUUUUUACUAUACAACCGAAUCGUGAAAAUGAGGAAGAACAAUACAUCCUUAAAAAAAAAAAAAAAAGAAUAAAUAAAGGUUGAUAUUUCAUCAUUUUCCUUUACUGGCUUCUUGACAGUUGUGUGAAGACAAAAGGACGUGGCUCCACAUCAUAUAUCGGAGAGCUUCUGCAUUUUUAGUGUGCUUAAAAAUGACCAUUGUUUUUUUUUUUUGUUGUUUUUUUUUUUGUUUUUUUUAUUCAAGGGUGCCCGUUUUUUUUUUUUUUUUUUUUUUUUUUUUUUUUUUAGACCAAAGUGUUUAGAGCAUAAUAGGGUCCACUUUCUAAACUUGCCUGAGCACCUGUAAAAUCUGUUACCACAUAUGGUUACGGUUAGAUAACACCGGCACAUUUUCACACACACACACACACGCGCUCCCUGUCGCCGCAGUUACCUUAUAGAAAGUGUAGUAGCGUCAAUGGCAAUACAUCGCACAUAAUUCUCAGUUGAUGUAACUAGGUGUAGAAAGACAUUGCAGUUUGUUGGUAGCUAUUUGUGAAGGGUUGUUAUAGACUUACUUAAUCUUUACAUCUCAUGCCGUGUUUCGACAGGUCCAUCAUUACGAUACAGACUACUCGUGUCCGUGACCAACAUAUAGUUUGUUGGGUCAAGUGUAGCAGGAUUUUAUUGUGACUGCGUCUAAAAUUUUAAGGUUUGUAAGGCUCAUCUGUGAGGAAACGUGUUCUCAUCUAAAAAAGAUCUGAUCUCAUGCCAGAUUUCGUGGUGUUUUGGGAUUCAUGAAGAAUGCAUUCUUUUAGAGGUGUGCACAAAAUGUGUUUUUUUUUUUCCCUUUACAAAUUACACCCGUCUGCCGUGAACUUCAGGUCCUGCACAAUUCUGUAGUGCACCGAUAUGUUCAUUUACCCAAAAUAUAGAGAUUGAGUAAUCUGAGUAAUCUUUGCAUCACGAAUGUCUAUUUUCUUUUCCCUCGAGCAGAUCUCACAAGGAUCACGUUCUCGAUGCACACCUCAGCAUUCCUUCACCAAAGCAGCCUGUAGUGUCAAAAUCUCAGGGUAGAUUGACAACGUACAUGCUACACCAUAAAGCCUGACUCACUGUGUCUCCAUACCUCACAAGACCCUGAUUUGUUACUUCCCAUUUCUAGAAAAAAAAAAAAUAGACCGUCUUCCUAUUUUGUGUUACGUCUUAAAGGUAAGGGCUACAUAGGUUUGGGAUUGAUAAGGUCUUAACCACUUUGUGAUUUUAAAAUAUAUAUCUAUGCUUCAGAUAAUCAUGAGCAUUUUUUGACGAAGCACUAAAUAGUUUUGUGUCAUUGUUCAAGCACACGUUUUCUAUUUUAGACUCCAUACCAUUAAGAUUUUCCCAGUCAGAUAGCAGUUAGUUUUUUUGUUUUUUUUAGCACAGUCUCUUUUUUUUUUUUUCCCUUUAUACUUGGCAAGCUGCUUUCAAAUGUGCUAUUUUAUUGUAAGUGUGGAAAGGCUACUUAGAUACUGCUCUUGCAUGUGUGUACUCAUAGAGUAGUUGGGUUGUUCAUGUUUAGUCCAAUAAAAAAUUAUUUGACUAAAA